UAUCCUUUUCUACGUACACCUUUAUCCCUACUCCUCACUACUCAAUACUCAAUACGUCUGCAUUAUGUCUAUGGUCCAAGUAUACUGUGUGUAGUGUGUACAUACACAUGCACGAUAGUUUUAUUCCUUUGGCCGCUCGUCUCGCCGUCGAAUCGCCAGAAUUUCAUCGAAAUGCCGCCAAAACGUGGAAAGGUGCAGAAGGAAGAGGUGCAAGUUUCUCUUGGACCGCAACUCCGUGAAGGAGAGGUAGUUUUUGGUGUGGCUCACAUUUUCGCGAGUUUCAAUGACACGUUCGUACACGUUACUGAUUUAUCGGGCAGGGAAACAAUCGCCAGAGUCACUGGUGGCAUGAAGGUAAAGGCGGACCGUGACGAAGCCUCGCCCUAUGCAGCUAUGCUUGCGGCUCAGGAUGUUGCAGAAAAAUGUAAAUCCUUGGGCAUCACAGCGCUGCAUAUCAAACUGAGAGCUACAGGAGGUAAUAAGACAAAGACUCCUGGUCCUGGUGCGCAAUCUGCUCUGCGUGCUUUAGCUCGUUCGAACAUGAAAAUUGGUCGUAUCGAAGAUGUCACUCCCAUUCCAUCAGAUUCGACCCGUAGAAAGGGAGGUCGCCGUGGACGCAGGCUGUAGGUCACGAUUAUAGCUCUCUUUUUGCGUCUUUUCUUUCAAUAAAUAAUUUAAGAAAAGAAAUAUUGCGCAUCUAUGAGAUAUAGUUCGAUAGUCUUUUUCUCGAGUUUCUACAUAUUAUACGUAUACAGACUUUUUAAAAAAAUUUUGAAAACUACACAUAUUUCUUUAUCGUUAAACUGUAUCGUAAAAGCAUAUCUGCAAUUGCAAUUGAAGACAGAUUAAUGUAAGCAAAAUAUUCUUGUAGAAUAAAAAUAUUUAUAUAUUAA